AGUGCGAUUACAUUGCUUGGCUCUGAGCAUUAGAUAAUCCUGCCCAGCUGGGCUUGCUCUGGACCCGGGAUGGCCCCACACAUCAGCUGCUUCUUUUUAGUGGCAUUCUUUUCAACUGGCUGUCAAGUCAUCACCUCCUCAGGUCAGAGGUGCAUUGAGAAAGAAGCCAACAAAACAUACAACUGUGAAAAUUUAGGUCUCAGUGAAAUUCCUGGCACUGUACCAAACUCAACAGAAUGUUUGGAGUUCAGCUUUAAUUUCCUGCCUACAAUUCAAAAUACAACCUUCAGCAGACUCAUGGAUCUCUCCUUUCUGGAUUUAACCAGGUGCCAGAUUUACUGGAUACACGAAGAUACUUUCCAAAGUCAACAUCAUUUAGACACACUCGUGUUAACUGCAAAUCCCCUGAUAUUUAUGGCAGAAACAGCACUUAAUGGUCCUCAGGCGCUAAAGCACCUGUUCUUCAUCCAAACGGGAAUAUCCAGUCUCGAGUUCAUCCCAGUGCACAAUCUGAAAAGCUUGGAAAGUCUUUAUGUUGGAAGCAACCAUAUUUCCUCCAUUAAGCUCCCCAAAGACUUCCCAACGGAGAAGCUGAAGGUCCUGGAUUUUCAGAACAAUGCUAUUCAUUACCUGUCUAAAGAAGAUGUGGGCUCUCUACAGCAAGCCACUGGUUUGAGCCUUAACUUAAAUGCAAAUCUCAUUACAGGGAUGGAGCCUGGGGCUUUUAGGUCAACUGUCUUCCACAGUUUGAGCUUUGGAGGGACUCUCGACUUGCUCAUUAUAUUCAGGGGUUUGCAAAACUCUACUAUUCAGUCUCUGUGGCUGGGGACAUUCGAGGACCUUGAUGAUAAAGAACUUAGUGAUUCCAUGCUUGAGGCUCUCUGCGAAGUGUCUGUUGAGAGCAUCAACCUGCAGAAGCAUCACUUCCUCAACCUCUCCCCCAACACAUUCCACUGCUUCACCAGCCUCCAGGAACUGGACCUUACCGCCACUCACCUGAAAGAAUUACCUGCUGGGAUUGUGGGCCUAAGCAAACUCAAGAAAUUAGUUCUCAGUGCAAAUAAGUUUGAAAAUCUGUGCCAAAUCAGUGCUGGCAGUUUCCCCUCCCUUACACAUCUUUAUGUCAAAGGCAACAUGAAGAGGCUUGAGCUUGGUACUGGCUGUUUAGAAAACCUAGAAAAUCUUCAGGAGCUUGAUCUAAGCCAUGAUGACAUCGAAACUCCUGAUUGCUGCAACCUGCAACUCAGAAACCUGUCUCACUUACAAAGCCUGAACUUGAGCUACAAUGAACCCCUGGGCCUCAGGACUGAGGCCUUCAAAGAAUGCCCUCAGCUAGAACUCCUGGAUCUGUCUUUUACCCGAUUACAUGUUAACACAGCACAAAGUCCUUUCCAGAACCUCCAUCUUCUGAAGGUUCUAAAUCUCUCCCACUGCCUCCUUGACACCAGCAACCAGCAUCUCCUUGACGGCCUGCCAGCACUCCAGCACCUGAACUUACAGGGAAAUCCAUUUCCAAAUGGGAAUAUCCAAAAGAGCAACCCACUUCAGACACUGGGGAGCCUAGAAAUCCUGACUUUAUCACACUGUGAUCUCUCCUCCAUAGAUGAGCAAGCCUUCAUCAGUCUUAAGAUAAUGAACCAUGUGGACCUGAGCCACAACAGGCUGACAUCCAGUAGCAUUGAGGCCCUUGGUCAUCUGAAGGGGCUCUACCUCAAUCUAGCCUUCAAUCACAUUAGCAUCAUCCCAUCUGGCCUCCUCCCCAUCUUGUCCCAGCAAAGUAUCAUUAACUUAAGACAAAAUCCCCUCGACUGCACUUGCUCAAACAUUUAUUUUUUAGAAUGGUACAAAGAAAAUGUGCAAAAACUUGAGGACAUAGAGGACACUCUUUGUGAAAGUCCCCCAACACUGAGGGGAGUCAGGCUGUCUGAUGUCACAUUGUCCUGUGGUAUCACAGCUGUGGGCAUUUUCUUUCUCAUUGUGUUCUUGCUCUUGUUCACUGUCUUGCUGAUUUUUGCAGUGAAAAAAUUUCUUAGGUGGAAAUACCAACACAUUUAGCUCAAGGUUUCCAGAGAAGGCAGAUAAAUAUGUUUAGCAAAGUUGGCCCAAGUGAAGAAACUACCAUCCUCAGGUGAGCAGACUUUUUUAUUCUUUCCUAGCCCUGGGCUGGGGUUCACUGAGCCUAAACAUAUGUCUUAUUCAUGUGAGUCUCCCAUAGUGCUGGGACUGGAGGCCCUGAUCCUCCUAUGAGACACACAGCUACUUCCUCCAGUGAGAAGUGAUCCACUGAAUACCAUAUAGUAAUCCCACCCAUUUCAGAAGAAAAGAGCACACACACACAACCUCCGACCAUCCGGCUAUGUGCAGGAGGUGGGAGGGCCAGCCCUGUCCCUCCACUCCCUUUCUCUCAUACAUCUGACAUUUUGCUCUAGGCUGAGCUCUCUGUAAUUGAGCCAUUUGGGAAAGUUAGGCCUCAGAAAAGUCUCAAUGCUCGUUUUAAAUGACAAAAGGUUUUAAAAAAAAACCAAUAAAUUUAAAAGAAAAGACAAAGUAAAAAAUUCUGCUCUCAACUAGAUUCUAUUAGUCACCUCAAUUAUUUGCUUUCUAAGGUUUUUUGAGAAGUUCCUAGGGCUCCAACAGUACAAAACUUUUAAAGCCUCAUCCCACCCAUUCCUGAAGGUUAGGAUUUUAUUCAUUUCGCAACAUGGAGGCUCCCCUUCCCCUGUCUGAUAUUCUGGCUCUUGGGUUGCAGACUUAGAGGUGGGCUGUGGUCCAAACUGCUUUUUUUAUCAUCCAUGUUUCUGGCCUUUGGACCUCUUUCCCACAGGAACAGGGAGAUGAAUCCUGGUUCCCAGGCUGGCCUUUCAAAGCCUAUUAAUCCCCUUGGAGACUAUUGAAGAACACUUUCACAGUGGAACCUUGUGGAUUUAUGUGUCCCGGCCCACUAGCUGUUGGGAACAUGAUAAGGCCAGUUUAGUGAGAAGAGGUUUCUGCUCAGUCCAAAGGUGUUCCCAAAGGUUGGAGCAGUGACAGACAGCAUGGGGGUCACUGAAUGCACAUAGACACAGAGGAGAAGAUAAUUGACAAUGUCACAACUUAACCCCUCCCAAGACUCAGAAUCCUUCUGAUGUAGGCUAGAUAUUUUGAAGUCUGAAUUGCUGGUUGAAACUCAGUUACUGUAAUGUUUACAGUUACUGUUCUCCGAAUCUAGGAAUUUAAACAACAAUGAUAUUUGAAAAAGAUUGCACAAUACUACAUAUAUGUAUAGUUUUUAUUUCAUCUUUCCCUGAACAACAUAACUAUUACAUAGCAUAUAAACCGUGUUGGGUACUGUUAGUCAUUGAAAGACAAGAAGAAUAUGGAAAGAUUGUGUGUGCUGUAUGAAAAUACUAUUCUAUUUUGUUUUUUAUAUAAAGGAGUUGGACAUUU